GGUGCGGUCUCCGCGGAGACCGGGACGGGACCGCCCCGGCGGGGGAGGCCGGAGGGGAGCGGGCAGCAGGCGGAGGAGCAGCGGGGACCCUGGCGGCUGGCGGCGCCGGGAGGGUCGGCAGCGACUCGAAGGCCGCCUGAGGGCACAGCGGGGAGCGGGCGGCGGAGAGGUUCCUUUAGCAGAGGCCAGCAAGGAGCUGCUGCCAUGAAUCCAGAGAUCACCAGGAUGGCACACUCCCUGUACCAGUGGCUGUGGCAGCACGAGUUCUGGCUGCCUCCAGGCAUCACCUGGGAGGACAUGCAAGAGUCUGAAGACAUUCAGUACCCUCAGCCCCGAGACCUCCUGCUCAGCAUCCCCUUCGCCCUGCUGCUGGUCGCCUUGCGCCGCGCCUUUGAGAGAGCUGUGGCCCUGCCCCUCGGCAGCAGGCUGGGUGUGAAGGACAAGCAGAGACCCAAAGCUCAGCCCAACCCUGUGCUGGAAGCCUUCUACAGCAGGCACUGCAAGAACCCCGAAGAGGCGGAGCUGCUGCGGCUGGCGACACGGAGCGAGCUGGCACCGCGCACGGUGGAGCGCUGGUUCCGGCGCCGCAGGAACGCGGACAGAGCCUGCCUCUCCGCCAAGUUCUGCGAGGCCUGCUGGAGGUUUCUUUUCUACAUCAUCUCCUUUUCCACUGGCCUCGCUGUCCUCCACGAUAAGCCUUGGUUCUGGGACCACAGAGAGUGCUGGACAGGGUAUCCACAGCAGCCUCUCCAGCCCUCCCUCUUCUGGUACUACAUGCUGGAGCUCUCCUUCUACUGGUCCCUGGUCUUCACCUUGCCCUUCGACGUGAAGAGGAAGGAUUUCAAGGAGCAGAUAGUUCACCAUGCUGCAACCAUCUUCCUCAUCAGCUUCUCCUACUGUGCCAACUACAUCCGCAUCGGGACGCUGGUGCUGGUGAUCCACGAUGCCUCCGACUGCUUCCUGGAGCCAACCAAGAUCUUCAACUACAUGAAGUGGAAGAAAACCUGUGACAGCCUCUUCAUCAUCUUCUCUGCUGUGUUCCUCAUCAGCCGCCUGCUGGUUUACCCCUACACAGUGCUCUACAACACCUACUACUACUCCAUGGAGAUCUUCCAGCCUUUCUUUGGAUACUACUUCGUGAAUGCUCUCCUGGUAAUCCUGCAGCUGCUCCACGUCUUCUGGUCCUGCCUCAUCAUUCGCAUGGUCUACAAGUUCAUCCUCCAUGGCACGAUGGAGAAGGACAUGAGAAGUGACACAGAAGAGAGUGACAAGGAUGAAGAGAAGGAGCAGGUGAGGGAGAAGGAGCAGAACGGGCUGAGCCACUUCGGCAGCCUCCCGAGCAGCCCCUGCAGGCAGAGGAACGGCUCUGAGGCGCUGGGCAGCAGAGCUCAGCUCCCCAACGGCCACCACAAGGGGCGGUAGCUGCUGGGGCCCCUCCACCCUCCUCAGAGACAGUUCUGCUCCUCGAGUGCAGCAGCAGCAGGCUGAGCCCUGCCGGCCGGCAGCAGCGCCGCGGCGGGCAGUGAUGCGCGGAGGAGCUGGCUCUGGCCUCAAUAAAAGCUUCGCUGUGGGUCGCA